AUGGAGUUCGAGGACUCGGUCGUCAUGGCGGAGUUUGAGGCUGCUGCCGCCACUUCUUCUGAAAAGGCAGCACGAGAUAUUAGCUUUGACGACGAGUUUGACGAGAUUUUUGGCGAUGCUCCGGCGAACCCUGUUGGGACAGCUUCCACUGGUGAUGAAAAUGCGAAUGCAUCCUCUGAAGUUGCAGCUCAGCUUGACAAGUACGAUGAGGAGUUUGACGAGAUAUUCGGUGAUGCGGAACAACGGCAAACGGAAACCACAGAGAAUACCGACAAGGACGCGCCUAAGAAGGACCCCAGUGCUGUGAGUGAUGGAGACCAAUCCGUCUCCGGUGUGGAAGUACGCAUAGGAACGCCUGCAUCAGACUUUUCAUUCCGCUAG